CUGCUACUUGGGUUAUCUGGUUGCAAGUGGCCUCUCCAGAGGACUUUGCUUGCAUGGCCAGGCUCUGAGUCCACUCCCUGGACAUGUCACCAGAGAGCCAGAGAUGCCUUUCUUAGAAAUGGACAUUUCAUAGUCCUUGCUGCUUGAGGACAGGCUGCAUUGUCACCAAAACCCCAGGGAGGUCUCAUUCUGCUCAUUUUACAGCUGAGGAAAAGAGAAGCAGGGUGUGGAUGGGCCAGUAAUGAGAGCACCCAAGUGCCUGGCUCAGCUCCUUCUACCAAAGAAUGCUGAGUGUCCCUGUUUGCGUUGCCUGAAAAACCUGAAGCUCACCAACCAGAGCCACUUGGAUGCUUCCUAUCUCAGUUUCAUGGUCAGGAGUGUGAGUGUUUCCUCUGCUUUGCAUGGGGACUACGUGGGAGCAUCUGGCUGCUGGCUGUCCUGUUCUGAAGGGUUAAGGACAAACUUUACUCAUAGCAGGGGUGUUUGGAAAGUUCUGAAAGGGUGGGCCUGGCUGGCCUCCUGGCCCUGCCCAGGACCUCUCAGGGUCUUUCCCUGCGGUGUCUCCAGGAGGGAAGUCAGAUUCCCACCUGUGGCUCAGGGCUCCCAGAAGGAGGGUCCCCAGAGAGAAGCAGAACCUGCUGGUCUCUGAUGGCCUGAAUGGGCUCAGCAUCCAUCUUGCCAUAUUCUGUAGGUCAGGGCAGUACAGGAGUCCAGCUAGAUUCAGGGAGGGACCAUAGACCCCACCUCUCAGUGGAAGGACAGCCAAAGAGCAUGUGGCCCUCCUGGAUAGGCCACUCCUAGGGCAGACUCAUUAAAGCACAGGUCUCAUGAGAACCCCAGUGGGUUCCCUCCCUUCCUACCCCUCCUGCUCUGUUCUUCUGCUCUGAAGGCCUCUGACAUGGAGGUGGCAGUAGAAUGUGAGAAAGAGGAGCUGGUGCCCUGCCCUACUAGCACCUGACUGUCCCUGGGCAGAGGUAAACAUGCAGAGAGCCACACCCACCAGAAUGUUGAUUGGCAUCUCUGUUUGAGUCCUUUGAAUGGGUGCCUGAUCCUCCAGUGCCCUUUCUGUAAUUCCUGUCCCCCAGGGGGCCCCAGAUGGUGUUGGGGUGUGGUGUUUCAGCUACUUAGUUUAAAUUAGACCUUGGUCCAGAGGCUCUGAGUGGAUACUGUUCAUCCCAGAGCUGUUGGAGCGUCAGGAGGCUCAUCUUUACAGAUAUGCCAACUGGGGACCAGAGCAAGGAAGGUAUUGUGUGUGUAGUUGGGGUAGGCCUAGAACCUAGGUCACUGCAACUGUCCCCAUGGUCUGGUCACCUGGGCCAGGGGCUGGGCAGGAGGUGAGGACAUACACUGCUGUGGGACCUAGGCCAUCAAUCCUUCACCACCUCUGACUAGCCUGAGAUGCUGAGCAUGUUAUUCAGCUUCUCUGAGCCUCAUUUUCCUCAUCUGUAAAAUGAAUGUGAUUCAACCUACUACCACAUGCCUGAGGACAGUAAUAUGCCCCAACUUGAUGUGUGUUCCCCAAAAUGUUGGUUGGAACUGAAAACCCUCCCUCUGGGUCCCUUCAGAGAUGAUCUGGAUCCCUGACAUUGUCCUUUACAACAAGUAGGAAGCCAUGGAGCCCUGGAAAGAUCACCAGGAGGGAUGGUAAAGGGGAGGGCUUCAUCAUUUCCCUCUCAAUGCUUAUCAGAGAACCCCAUCCUCUGUAUUCUUUUAUUCCUUUCAUUCUGUUCUCUCCCUCCUACACACCGACAUUUACUGGGCACUGAAGAUGUAUUCAUUUGUAGCACGGUGAUAUGGGACAGAUUUGCCAACUCUGAGUAUCCUUUGGAAAAUGUGGUUCAGACUCUCUAAAAACACCUAAGAGUUGAAAUUUUAGAGGAUGGCAAUAUUGUCUGACCAGGUAAGUGGCAUCCUAUAGUAGCACCUUUGAAGAACAAAUUCACUGGGUAUGUUUUUUCUUUAAUCAUAUUUUCUUAUACUUGCCUUGGAUUCAAGACCCAAAGGAUCAAUCUCAUCCUAACAACUAGAAGCUAACAGAAGCUGGAGGGCGGGGGUGGGGGAGGAGUCUAUAGAGAAUCCCAGGAAAAAUAGAAAUCUAUAUUUUUAUUAGUAUGUUUGGUAUGAGGCAAUUCUUCAUUGUGAAGUUAAGAAGUUCAAAUUUAAAAGAAGGUGUUAUAAUUGUCUAAAACCAUUUUCUAAAGCAGGUUGCUGCUUCCUUAAGAUAUGAAUAGCUAUGACAAGGUUCUGUGGUCAUGGUUUUGGAUCACAGUGUAUGUCUGUCAUCCCUUGACAAGGGCUUUAGAAGCCAGCAGAGCACAAUAGCAUUUUAAAUGCUGUUUUAAGUUCUGCAGCAAAGAAACCAGCUUACCCAGCACUUCCCAAUCCCUCAGACCAUACCAUGGAAAUGAUAUUUUUGAACAAUAAAACAUAGAGAGAGAGAGUCCAUUUCUAGACCUCCAGAGAGGUCAGUGGUUCCUUACACCAGUUCCUUACACUGUCUGGUCCUGGGCAGGCCCAGCGCCCUCUCACCUAAGCCAUCUUGGUAAACACACACUUGCCACUGGGUGACCUGGCAGGUCUGACACUGCAGGUACCUGUGUUUGCUGACUCACAUCCCCACCCCAUUGCUCUGUACCCAGGAGCUGGCACCCAGGAACAUUCUAGUUUCUGCUUCCUGAGCAUUUGGCAGCGAUAUGAGCAAAGUCCUAGGGUCAGAUACAACUUCACAUUUCAGGAUUGUCAAUAAAGCCAUGACCACUAAGACUCGAUUUUCACAAGAAAAGUCCAGUCAAACUUCCGUAGACAUAUAAAGAAACAUCUGCUCCACCCAGGGACUGCACUCUGGUCAAUCAAUAGAACUGUUCCUUCCACCAAAUGGGUGCAUGUUGCCAUCUAGUGGAAACUAUGUGAAAUGACAAAAAUGCCUUUAAUUUCUUUUUCUUUCUUUCUUUUUGACUUUUUUGCCUGAUGUAUUUGUUACUCUCUUUCAAAAUUCCUGUUUCCAGCCAGUCUGUCUCUCUACCCUGGAACUACUCCAUGGGAAACUCCCUUGUAUUCUGAUUCCCUGUACUUUAGGACAGACCAUAGGAAGCUAAGGGGGAGUUGAAGAAGUCCCAUCUGACUGGUCACCAUUGUUCCAGUGUCCCCAUAGUCCUUGUGGGUCUUUGGAUUCUCAUUCCCAUGAAGUCCCCAACCUCAUCUACCACAGUCACUAUGAUGCCCACCUGGUGGCCCCAGUGAGCACUGUUAAGGUUUUCCUUGGCCCCAGCUAUUUCUUGUUCCUGCAGGGCCCUCUACUGUGGUGCUUCCUCCCCUCCCUUGGCUGAGUCCUCCCUGAGCACUCCAUCCAGCCUCCUGUUGGUGCCAAGCUGCCUCCUAGGGGGGCCCUAGUGGUUGAAGUUAGGUGCAUGGACUCCAGGAAGUUUCCUCACUAGCCAAAAUCUUAGGUCUCUUGAGCAAAGAACAAAAGAUCCAAGUGGAAAAGUCAUGAUCUUCUACCUAAGAGGCUGCUUGCUCACUGUGUGCUAGGAAAGUAUAGUUCAAAAUUGUCACUCUAAAAUAUUAAAGGAAUAAAACAGGCAAUGGAACUGCAUACACCCUGUGACCUCAAAUAUGCAAAACCAUCAGAAUCAUCGUCUGCGUGACAGUAGAAUAGACAUGUAUAGUAUCACAAUGUUAAUAGUGGGUAUUUUAAAAAUUCUUGGUACUUUCCAGUGUUCUUCAAAACUCCAACUUUUGAAAUUAAAACAAUGUUAUAUGAAAAGAAAACUCAAGUAUAUCCAUCUUCUGGGGAAAUUUUAUACCCUUGCAAAAGAUGGGACACUUGGCCAGCUGAAAACUGCCUUGUUCAGGGUGCUCUCUGCAGCAGUCUGGGUGGGUCAGGUGGGUGUGCAGAGCCCCCAGCUGGUCUUCUCUCCGCAGUGCAGAUGGGGAGUUUGUGGUGACCCACAUGACCACAGCGCACCUCUUCUCCAUGGGCACUGUGCACUGGUUGCCCCCGACAUUUACAGGAGCUCCUGCAGCAUCGACGUCACCUUCUUCCCCUUCAACCAGCAGAAUUGUAAGAUAAAGUCUGGCUCCUGGACCUAUGACAAGGCCAAGAUCUACCUGGAGCCAAUGGAGCAGACGGUGGACCUGAAGGACUACUGGGAGAGUGGCGAGUGGGCCAUCAUAAAUGCCACUGGCACCUACAACAGCAAGAAGUAUGACUGCUGCGCCGAGAUCUACCCUGACAUCACCUACGCCUUUGUCAUCCACAGGCUGCCGCUCUUCUACACCAUCAACCUCAUCAUCCCCUGCCUGCUCAUCUCCUGCCUCACCAUGCUGGUGCUGGUCUUCCACCUGCCCUCUGACUGUGGAGAGAAGAUCACGCUGUGCAUCUCCGUGCUGCUCUCACUGACUGGCGAGUACCUGCUCUUCACUAUGAUCUUCGUCACCCUCUCCAUCGUCAUCACCGUCUUCGUGCUCAACGUGCACCACAGCUCCCCCAGCACCCACAGCAUACCCCACUGGGUGCGGGUGGCCCUGCUGGGACAUGUGCCCUGGUGGCUGCUGAUGAACCGGCCUCCUUUGGAGCCACACAACUCCCCAGGCCUGAAACUUGGCCCAUCUUGUUGCUGGUUGGAGACCAACAUGGACGCAGAGGAGAGAGAGGAGGCAGAGGAGGAGGAGGAGGAGAAAGGCAGAUGGGUGUGUGCAGGCCGCCCAGCCCCCUCCAUGGGUAUCAUCUAUGGCCACAGAUGCCUGAACCCACAGACCUCAGGGCCCAGGGCCGAGGCUCCCUCUGGGGAGCCUGAGAUCUUGCUGUUGCCUUGCAUACAGAAAGCCCUGGAAGGUAUGCACUAUAUUGCUGACCACCUGCAGUCUGAGGAUGCUGACUCUUUGGUGAGAGAAGACUGGAAGUGUGUUGCCAUGGUCAUCGACAGGAUCUUCCUCUGGCUCUUUAUCAUCGUCUGCUUCCUGGGAACCCUGGGGCUCUUUCUGCCUCCGUUCCUGGCUGGAAUGAUCUGAUGGCAUGUCCCUUAUGUUGGCUCCAAGGCAGUCCUGCCAGCCAGCAAUGACCACCUUUAACUGCAGCUGCCUCUAGAGUUCCCUCUGGGCCAGCACCAUCUGCCUGCGGUGCUUCUGGGGAGAGAGCACCAGCUCUUAAGGUCUUCCUGGAGCACUCACUGUGAUGCUACUGAACUGGGAAUCUGCUGGACAGAAAGCCAGGUUUAGCAAGCAGAGGAGUUAGAAAAGAAGGAGGACCCUGCCCUUCAGAGGGGUGGGACUAGCACAAUGAUAAACAAUAUGGCCUUGAGGGAGGGGCACAUGGGGGAAGGGGAGGCUGCCUCAGGGGUGGAGGGUCUAUGAGCAAUGGUCUAGAUUUAAGAAUGAGCCCAAAGUUCCCAGGGGAACCCCCAGGCCAGGGUUGGGGAGGCUGGUAAUGCAGGUUGGGCUCUUUAAACCAGGCUGAGGAAGUAGUUCAGUGUGAGUUUGCAGGUCUUGGAGGUGUGUGGUGUAGCAGCCGAGGAACAAGGGACUUUACAGAAGGAGCAGGGAGCAAGUGUGGGGGGGGCAGUGGAGCGAGGCCUUCCCCUCCACCCAAAGCACCUUCAGCACACCCUGGGCUUCCCUGAGGCAUCAUGACUCCCUCUUCCUUGUAGAGAGGUAGCCAGAACUGAGAGCUGCUGCUGUGGGCGCCGUGUGCCCAUGAACCUGCAGUGAACAAACCGGGAAGGCCAUCCCUGGCUGUUCUUCCACAGUGUCCUGGUCCCUGUAGUCUGUGGUCAGCACACCUCUCUGGAGUUGGGGAUCUCUGCUUCAAGCUCCUUCAGUUCUGAACUCCUCCCAGCCAGGGACCCUUUAGUUUCUCUCUCCCUAGGACCUAGCACAGCACAGGGUGAGGGGCAUCGGCACUCCAUGUUGUGUGUGGUGGAGGGGAAACACUGAACAUUUUUGGCUCCAUGCCUGCUGGGUGAUGCCAGUGCCCUCAGGGUGUCCCUCCAGCCUGCCUUUCCUGUCCUCCCCAGAGCUUCACCAUGUCUGACCUUCUCUGGGCCAUUCUGUGCAGCUUGUUCUUGCUCUGAGGAAUGCAGAGCCUGGUGGGUUGAGCCUCUCCUGAGCUCUGUCCAGCCCCUGAGGGCAGGACCACAGUAGCCACCAGAGGUGUACACCAGGCUGUCCAGACAGUGUGGAGCCCCAAGCAGGAAGCAGAGUAGGGCAAACUGCUGACUCCCCUCCAUCUUGGGGUCCUGUCCUUCUGAACCUCCUCCUCCUCAGCACACAACACUCCUUCACACAUCUGGAAAGACCUACCUACCUGUGACCCUGGCCCAGGCCCUGCUCCUCAGUUCUCUCCUGAGACCCCCCCCCCACUCCAUGGCCCUCUGGCCUCAUUCCUCCUCUUUCUGUAGCCCCCACCCCCCACCCCCUGUCUCUCUGCCUAACUGAGGCUCCCAGAGGUGAUUUCCUGCUGCAGGGACAGCAUGGAGAUCUGUGUUGUUCAUGUUUUCUGUCCAUCCAUCUUGCAUGUGAGUAAAGUAGUUAAAUAAAGCCAAGUCUGCUGCUCCUUCA